UCCCUGCAGCGAUGAAGCGUUGAACUCGAACCGUCAGCUGACAUAUCGUUUUACUAAUUUGCUAAAAAACAUGAGUUCUUCUUGAUGCCCAUCAUAGAAGAGGAUGUGAUUAUUUUAGAGUAAAUUAGACUCAUAUUUCUUCAUAUUACGCGAUUCAAUUUUGGUGGUUUCGUUAAUUAAAGGGAGUUAAAUGGCCAUGGGUCCGGAGAUGAUUGCACGGGCUGUCUGCUGUCAUGGAUUCUGAGAUUGAGAUCCUGACUAAGGAGUACGUCAAGAUGAUGACUGACAUGAUCGUGCUGUGUGCCACUCUGGCGCUGUCCCUCUUCUUCUGGGUCGUCUCUCUCACCAUGAGCAUCGUCUCUGGAAAUCUGCAGCCUGUGUCGCCAUGGCGGUGGUUGUUCUCCAUCUUGGUUCCCCUCAUGGUGACCAGCCGAGCACUGGAGAGACGCAGUCUGGACCGGUUGGGAGCCCUCACAGCUCUUCUGGUGGGAUUUGUGUUGACAAUGGCCAACUACAGCUUCUUCUCUGCCCUUCUGGCCUUCUUCAUCACGUCCAGCAAGCUGACCCGCUGGGGAGGAGAGAAAAAGAAGAAAAUAGAUGCGGAGUACAAGGAAGGGGGUCAGAGGAACUGGAUUCAGGUUCUCUGCAAUGGUGGAGUCCCAACGGAGCUCGCACUGUUGUACAUGAUCGAGGUGGGUCCAGGUGAGAUCCCCAUCGACUUCGGUAAACAAUACUCCGCCUCCUGGAUGAGCCUCUCUCUGCUGGGCGCACUGGCGUGCAGUGCUGGAGACACCUGGGCAUCAGAGGUGGGGCCGGUCCUCAGCAAAUCAAAGCCAAGACUCAUCACCACCUGGAUGGAAGUCCCAACAGGAACAAACGGAGGUGUCACUCCAGUCGGAUUGAUUGCCAGCUUUUUAGGUGGGGCUGCCGUGGGCCUGGCUUAUUUUGUGGCGCAGCUUCUAACGGUGAACAACCUGCAGCACGCAGAUCCCCAGUGGCCAAUCAUCAUGUACGGCGGUGCGGCCGGCCUGCUGGGAUCGAUGCUGGACUCUUUCCUGGGAGCGAACAUGCAGUACUCGGGCUUUGAUGCAAGCAUCGGGAAAGUGGUGAGCUACGAGUCCGCCACCACCUCCCGGAUCUGCGGGAAGCCCAUCCUGGACAAUAAUGCCGUCAACCUUUUCUCCUCCGUCCUCAUCGCCCUCUUCCUUCCUGGGAUGGCGUGGGGCAUGUGGCCACAAUAACCGGUGAUGUCGUGGAUCCGAGACUGUCGGUUAACUUGUUACAAAAUAAUCACACUAAUGACAGAACUCCGUUGACCCGGUUUACAAAGUUCUGAUCAGAAGAGAGUAAAAUGUGUUUUUGAAAUCAACCUGAAAAAGCAGGCGUCUACAUGACUGACAGCCUCGUUAUUUCGACAAUCUUCACUAAAUUUAGGUAUUAAGUGUUAAUAUCUGCCGGGAAAAGAUUUUGUAAUUUGUAAACGUAUUUUCAAGCAAACCUAAUGUAUUCUUAUUAUUCAAGUGCGUUAAUGUGACAAGCAGGAUGUUCAUCACUGUCCAAACAAAUGUAAUGAACAAGGUUGACGUCCACUUCUGUUCUCGCUGAAACCCGUUUUACUUUGUGUAAGUAAACUUAGAUUUUUGUGACAACCUCUUUACCAGAAUUGUGGCCCCCUUCAGUUUUCUAUCAAAGGAUUUAGUGAUGGACUCGGACCUAAAUUUGGAAAAGCACAUUAAGAUAAUAAAGUCAGCCUACUAUCACCUUAAGAAUAUAUUAAGGUUUAAAGAUCUGAUGUCUCAGCAAGACCUGGGAAACUAGCCCGUGCUGUCAUCUUAAGUGGUAUUGAUUAUUGUAAAAGCAUCUUUACAGGUUUACCUAAAAAGUCAGACAACUGCAGCUCAUUCAGAACUGCUGCUCAAGGCUUCACUAAAACCAAAAAAAGUGGACCACAUCAGUUCAGCUCUGAGGUCUUUACACUAGACUUUAAAGUUAUGAUUCUGGUCUAUAAAGUUCUGAAUGGUCCAGGACCAAAUUGCAUCAGUGACCUCCUGACCCAGUAUGAACCUUCCAGACCCCUCAGCUCAUCUGGAUCCAGUUUUUUAAUCACUUCCCAGAGUCGGAACCAGACAUGGAGAAGCUGCAUUCAGCUUCUAAGCUCCACAUGUCUGGAACAAACUCCCAGAAAGACUCAGAUUACCUUAAACACUCAGUGUAUUUAAAUCCAGGUUGAAGACGCACCUAUUUUCAGCUGCAUUUGAGUAAAGCUCUUAAUCUGCAGUCUCCAAACUUCAUAUUUUAACUACUGAUUUUUAUCUAUUCUUAUUUCCUUUUUGUUUUAAAUAUGAAAUCAUGCUUUAAAUGUAUGUUUUAAUGUCUUUGUAAAGCACCUUGAAUCACCUUGUUGUUGAAUUGUCCUAUAGAAAUAAACUUGCUUUGUUGCCAAUGAUCUUAAUAUACAACAUUA